AUGGGAUUCAAUAGAACGUCUCAUAAUAAUCGUCGAGGUUUUUGUUUUUUUGCCACAAUCUUUGUCAAAUCCAGAAAACAACAACAAAGAAGAUAAAUUAUUCAUUCGAUAAAAUGUUAUUUAUUUGUCCAUUUUUAGAUAGCCAACGUAUUCUUUAUCAAUGUUCAUGUAAACAAUGGAAAACAAUUCAUUAUUUAUAUUUUUGUAGACAUUGUGAUGAAACACGUUGUGCUGAUUGUGUUUCACAUGAAGUUGAUUCACAAUUUUGUCCACAAUGUUUAGAAUAUAUUCCAAUGUUGGAUGCUAAACUUAAAAAAAAUAAAUGUGCUCAUUGUUAUCAAUGUCCAUGUUGUCAGAAUACAUUGUCUACUCGAAUUCAAUUGUUACCUGUUCAUAAUCCAGAUUCGAGUAAUCCAGAUUCACAGCCUAAUGUAAAAAAACUUUGCUAUUAUUUUUGUUAUUUUUGUCGUUGGUCAUCACGUGAAAUCGGUAUCCCAGAUCAAACUGGUCCCGGUGGUUUUAUCGAACCAGUUGUUCCCGAAUCUCAACGACUUGAAUCUUUAUUCGAAUAUUAUCGUGUUUUAUCAUUGAAAGAAAAAAAUGAAAAAGAAAAAAAACGAAUGGUACCGAGAACGGCAUUAUCUUUACUGGACAAAUAUGGUAUCACUUCAACAUUAUCACCCAAAGUAACGGCAACAUUACGUGCACGAAUGGCACGAAAUAGUUCCGGUUUGUCUACAUCUGAUCUAACAAAAUCAUUUCCACAACUUGAAGAUUUUAAACCAUCAGUUGGCCUUUCCGAAGAUGGACUACCAAAAUUGAACGUUGAUGAAUAUUAUGGACCAAUGGACGAUACUGCCACUGAUGAUGAUGAUUCAUCGGCGAUCGAUGUAGGUCAUUUGAAUACUUUGCAACAAACACUUAAUCAAAUUGAACGACAACCAAAAAAAUGUUCAGAUCUUUUUCCUACUAGUCAACAAUUAGUAGUGAAAAGAUCAUUACGUUGUAAAAAAUGUGAUCAUAAUCUUUCGAAACCUGAAUAUAAUCCAUCCUGUAUUAAAUUUAAAAUUCAACUUUCAGCAUAUUAUAUUGUUCCUGAAUUACGUAUAUUAAAAUUACCAUCGAUAAUGAAAUUGAAUGAAACUGCUCGAAUCGAAUUAACAUUGACCAAUCCAACACAAUAUCUUAUCAAUGUUACAUUACUUCCUGUCGAUAUAACCAAUAAUCCGAUUGCCGAUGUAAUAUUACCUAACACUGUACUACAAUUAACACCAAAAGACGAUACAGGUGAUCUGGUUGAUGUGGAAUCAUCUAAUUCUAAAUUCAAUGAUGAUCCAAAUGUUAUUUCAUUUCGUCAAGGUAAUAAGAUUGGCAUCUAUUUAUUUGUAACACCUAAACAAGGCAAUGGUGUUCAAUGUCAAAUACAAUUUCGUAUGAAACAUGAUUAUGUUCAUUCAAUUCUUCCAUCAACAUUGAAACCGGCAUCCAACACUGCAUUGAACACUGAAGAAACAUUCAAAACAACAAAAGAAACCAAAUGGAUUAGCCAUAUGAUCAAAGUUAAUUUAGCAAAUAUUUCUGAUUGAUAAUAAUGAAUUUAUUGAAUAU